UAGAAAUUGCACCCUCUGCAUAUAACAAUCCAUGCUACAAAAAAAGCAGAAGUCAGGAGACCUCCCUCUAUGCCUGGAGGUUCUCAGCACCUAAUACUCCACAGCACUAGCACCAUUCACCACCCCCAGAGUGCAUGUCGGUCUCUGGAGGCAAAGCUGACACGGGGCAUCUAGCCGGGCACAGGGCGGCUGGCAGCUUCUCUCCAAUCUAUGUAGGUUCUAGGAUAAAGAGCCUCUAAAAUAGCCUGGAAUAUGGACACCUUCUGUGGGACCGAAGGAAAACUGGCCUCCAAGUUUUGGGAUUCCAACUUGACGCUGCAUACAGACAACCCGGACCUGACGCCAUGCUUCCAGUACACGGUCGUCGCUUGGAUCCCUUGCAUCUACCUCUGGGCCAUACUGCCAUUUUAUAUUAUUUAUUUAAAGUAUAACAGGAAGGGAUAUAUUGUGCUGUCUAUGCUGAGCAAAGCCAAAACGCUAUUCGGGGUGCUGCUCUGGUGCGUGUGUUGGGCGGACCUGUUCUAUUCUUUCCAUACUCUUGUACAGAAUGACCCCCCUCCCCCGGUCUACUUUGUCACCCCACUUAUAGUCGGAAUAACAAUGAUCACAGCGACAAUACUUAUCCAGUACGAGAGACUGAGGGGCGUCCAGUCUUCAGGGGUGCUAAUAAUAUUCUGGUUUCUGGCAACACUAUGCGCUAUCAUACCCUUCCGCUCCAAGGUCAUGUCUUCAGUCAGAGAGGGCGUCACUGACAGAUUCCGCUUCACCACGUUUUUUAUUUAUUUCUCAUUCCUUGUGGUGGAGCUCAUUCUCUCCUGGUUCAAAGAGGCGCGGCCGUUCUUCUCUCCAGUUAGAUCAGACCCUAAUCCCUGUCCCGAGUUGGAUGCUAGUUUUCUAUCAAGACUCACAUUCUGGUGGUUCAACAAGAUGGCCUUACUGGGCUACAAAAGACCUCUAGAAGAGAAGGACCUUUGGUCUUUGAAUGAAGAUGACACCUCAAAAAUUGCUGUAUCCAAACUGAUUAUGGAAUGGGAAAAGGAGAAGAACAAGAUAAGAAUGAGUGAAGUGAAGUUCACCAAAACUCAAGAGAUUGAGCUGAACCACGUGGACGAGAAGCCCACCGAGUCCGAUGUCCUGAUCGAGAACAACAAAAAAAGGAAAGAGCCGUCCUUCUUAAAGGUUCUGCUGAAGGCGUUUGGCCCAUUCUUCUUAAUCGGUUCAGUUUUCAAGCUCUUUCAGGACCUCUUGUCUUUUGUGAAUCCUCAGUUACUAAGCAUUCUUAUUGGCUUCAUCAAAGAUAGACAAGCUCCAGCAUGGUGGGGAUUCACUAUUGCCGCUCUGAUGUUCCUCUCCUCUGUAGCCCAAACACUGAUCCUUCACCAACAUUUCCAGUACUGCUUUGUCACUGGGAUGCGGCUGAGAAGUGCCAUCACUGGGAUCAUAUACAGAAAGUCGUUGGUGAUCACAAAUGCUGCAAAACGUUCAUCUACAGUCGGAGAAGUCGUCAACCUGAUGUCGGUGGAUGCUCAAAGGUUUCAGGACUUGACCACUUUCCUUAACAUGCUGUGGUCGGCCCCUCUGCAGAUCUUCCUGGCACUUUUAUUUCUCUGGCAGAAUCUGGGACCCUCAGUGUUGGCCGGAGUUGCUGUCAUGGUUCUUCUGAUCCCCAUCAAUGCCUUUAUAGCUAUGAAAACCAGAGCCUUCCAGGUGGAGCAGAUGAAGUACAAAGAUUCCAGGAUUAAGUUAAUGAAUGAGAUCCUGAAUGGGAUAAAGGUCCUGAAGCUUUACGCCUGGGAGCCAUCAUUUUCACAGAAGGUUCUGGAAAUCCGAAAGAAAGAGCUUAACGUCCUGAAGAAAUCAGCGUGCCUUCACGCAGUGUCAACUUUUGCAUGGACCAGCGCACCAUUCCUGGUGGCGCUGACUACAUUCGCAGUGUACGUGUCUGUGGAUGAGAAGCACAUUCUGGAUGCAGAGAAGGCCUUUGUGUCCCUCUCCCUGUUUAAUAUUCUGCGAUUUCCACUGAACAUGCUGCCCCAGGUCAUCAGCAGCCUCGCCCAGGCCAGCGUCUCCAUCAAGAGGAUCCAGAACUUUUUGGCCAAUGAUGAGUUGGAUCCGGCGGCGGUGAACACAGAGACACCACUGAGCGGUGCCGCCAUCGCUGUACAAAACGGGACAUUCAGCUGGGCAAAAUCCAGUGAUCCGGUGCUGACCAACAUCAACCUCCUGGUUCCUUCUGGGUCGCUGGUCGCCAUUGUGGGUCAUGUGGGUUGCGGGAAGUCGUCGCUGGUGUCGGCUCUUCUGGGGGAGAUGGAGAAGUUGGAGGGAGACGUCUCUGUGCGGGGCUCGGUGGCGUACGUUUCACAGCAGGCCUGGAUACAGAACUCCACACUGAAGGACAAUAUCUUGUUUGGUCGAGCAGAAAAUGAGAAAAACUACAAGAAGGUUCUGGAAGCCUGCGCCCUGCUGACUGACCUGGAGAUGCUGCCGGGGGGCGAUCAGACCGAGAUCGGAGAAAAGGGUAUUAACCUGUCAGGAGGACAGAAGCAGAGGGUGAGCCUUGCCCGUGCCGUCUACAGUAAUUCGGAUGUUUUCCUAUUGGACGAUCCACUCUCAGCUGUGGAUUCUCAUGUGGCCAAACACAUCUUCGACAACAUCAUCGGACCCGACAGCUUAUUACGUGGAAAAACACGGCUCCUGGUCACACACGGGAUCAGUUUCCUGCCGCAGGUUGACCAUAUUGUGGUGAUUGUGGACGGUAAAGUCUCAGAGAUGGGGUCCUACCAAGAACUGAUGAAGCAGAAUGGCGCUUUUGCUGAAUUCUUAAGGAACUAUGCGUUCGAGGACAACGUGGAGGAGGAAGAACUAAAGAUCCUAGAUGAGGAAGAGGUGCUGCUGGCCGAGGAGACGCUGAGCAACCACACAGACCUUGCUGAUAGCGAACCAGUGGCCAACGAGGCCCGGAAGAAGUUCAUUAGACAGAUCAGCGUCCUCUCCUCCGACACAGAGCAGCCGCACGUUAUGUCUGUGCGCAGAAGAGUUUGUGAAAGAAAAAUAUCAGAAACCGCAAAACCUCAGGUGGAAAAACUCAUUCAGAAGGAGACAGCAGAAACGGGGAGGGUCAAGCUUGCGGUUUUCUGGCAGUACAUGAAGGCCGUCGGACUUUUGGUGUCAUUGUUCAUUUGCUUCCUCUACUGUUGCCAAAAUGCAUCAGCCAUCGGGGCAAACGUGUGGCUGAGCGACUGGACCAACGAACCGGUGAUCAACGGGACGCAGCAGAACACCCAGCACAGGGUCGGAGUCUACGCCGCACUGGGAUUGCUACAAGGUGUCCUGGUCAUGGUGUCCUCCUUCACCUUGGCAAUGGCCGGGAUUGGCGCGGCACGGAAGUUGCACGUGGCGCUCCUGGAUAAUAAGAUGCACACGCCACAGUCAUUUUAUGACACCACACCCAUCGGACGCAUUAUCAAUCGUUUCUCUAAAGACAUCUAUGUCAUCGACGAGGUCAUCCCCCACACCAUCCUCAUGUUCCUGGCCACGUUCUUCACCUCCGUGUCCACCAUGAUCGUCAUUGUCUCUAGCACGCCACUGUUUGCCGUGGUCAUCAUACCCCUGGCCUUCAUCUACUUCUUUGUACAGAGGUUCUACGUGGCCACGUCACGGCAACUAAAGCGUCUGGAGUCAGUCAGCAGGUCGCCUAUUUAUUCUCACUUCUCAGAAACCAUCACUGGUACCAGCAUCAUCCGGGCGUAUGGGCGGCAGAACAGCUUCAUCCAACUCAGUGAUCAAAAAGUGGACGACAAUCAAAAGAGCUACUACCCGGGCAUAGUGUCCAACAGGUGGCUCGGAAUCCGGGUCGAGUUUGUUGGAAACUGUGUCGUCCUCUUCGCCGCUCUCUUCGCUGUGAUUGGUAGAGAGAGUCUCAGUCCCGGCCUCGUGGGUCUUUCUGUAUCUUAUGCUUUGCAGGUAACAAUGUCCCUAAACUGGUUGGUGAGAAUGACCUCUGACCUGGAGACCAACAUUGUGGCUGUGGAGCGAGUCAAGGAAUAUGCUGAGACCGAAACAGAGGCUCCAUGGAUCAUAGAAGAUAAUCAACCACCAGAGGACUGGCCAAGCCGAGGGGAAGUGGAGUUCUCAAACUACUCAGUCCGGUACCGGCCUGGCCUGGACUUGGUGCUGAAGAAUCUAAGCCUGAGUGUAAAAGGAGGAGAGAAGGUUGGAAUCGUUGGAAGGACGGGAGCAGGGAAAUCUUCCAUGACGCUUUGUCUUUUCCGGAUUUUGGAAGCAGCAGAAGGAAUCAUCAAGAUCGAUGGUGUGAACAUCUCCGAGAUCGGGCUGCACAACCUCCGCUCCAUGCUCACCAUCAUUCCACAGGACCCAGUUCUUUUCUCAGGGACUCUCCGAAUGAACCUUGACCCCUUUAAUAAAUACUCAGAAGACGACAUCUGGAAAGCUGUGGAAUUGUCCAACUUGAAAAAGUUUGUUUCCAGCCAACCUGAGAAGUUGGAUUACGAAUGUUCAGAGGGUGGCGAAAACCUCAGUGUUGGUCAGCGACAACUCGUCUGCUUGGCCCGUGCUCUCUUGCGCAAAACUCGUAUCCUGAUAUUAGAUGAAGCCACUGCCGCCAUUGACCUCGAAACCGAUGACCUCAUACAAAUGACCAUCAGGACGCAAUUUGAGGACUGCACGGUGCUCACCAUCGCUCACCGGCUCAACACCAUUAUGGAUUAUACAAGGGUUCUAGUUUUGGACAAAGGGAAAAUAGCCGAAUUUGACACUCCAACCAAUCUCAUAGCAACCAGAGGAAUAUUUUAUGGAAUGGCCAGAGACGCCGGAUUGGCAGCUUAGAUUAUUUUAUAUAUUUUUUAUGUUCCACAAUGUACAGAAAAUAAGCUUUGUUUUCAGAGCAUUCAACAUUCCGACUGUAAUCACUGAGCUGAUAUUUUAUAUUUUAACUUUUAUUGCCACAAACAUUUGUACGGAAAAAAAAAGGUUAUUUAAAUAUUGUUCAAAAUACUGAAAACUAAGAAAAAUACAAUAAAAUCACUUUUUUUUUUACUGAUUUUUAUUUAAUUAUUUGCAGCUCUAACAGAUUCUAAAGUAUAGGAGCAGUACUUAUAAAAAUAAAAUACCGACAUA